UUGAAGCUUUUUUCAUCUGUUGUUCCCUGCGACCAUGGCUUCUCCACUCUCAAUCUCAUCAAAUCCUCUCACCUCCCGCCAUUGUUACCGUCUCCACUUUCCUUCUACUUCGUUCAAGGGAAAUGUAAGCGUUUUGGGAGCAAACCCAAGUCAGAUUCUGUCUCUGAAACUCAACCAAAAGCUUAAAACGAGAAAACAACAACAAUCUGCGAGACCACUUGUUGUGGUUAGCCAAGCAGCGGCGACGUCGGAAGUUGUAGCUCCGGAGAGAUUCCGUUUGGAUAAUCUUGGACCUCAACCAGGUUCGAGAAAGAGGCAGAAGAGGAAAGGUAGAGGUAUCUCUGCAGGACAAGGAGCGAGUUGUGGUUUUGGUAUGAGAGGUCAGAAAUCAAGAUCGGGUCCUGGGAUUAUGAGAGGCUUUGAAGGAGGUCAAACUGCUCUUUAUCGUCGUCUUCCCAAACUUAGAGGAAUCGCCGGAGGUAUGCGGUCAGGAUUACCCAAAUACUUACCGGUUAAUCUCAAAGACAUCGAAACAGCUGGGUUUCAAGAAGGAGAUGAAGUGUCAUUGGAGACAUUGAAGCAAAAGGGUUUGAUCAAUCCUUCAGGGAGGGAAAGGAAACUCCCUCUUAAGAUUCUUGGUACCGGAGAACUAAGCAUGAAGCUCACCUUCAAAGCUCGCGCCUUCUCAACACAAGCAAAAGAGAAGCUUGAAGCUUCAGGAUGUACACUCACUGUGUUGCCCGGAAGAAAGAAAUGGGUUAAGCCAUCCGUUGCAAAGAAUCAAGCACGAGCAGAUGAAUACUUUGCCAAGAAGAGGGCUGCAGCAGCAGAAGCAACUUCAGAGCCAGCAGCUUCUGCUUAAAUUACUUCAUUUUCAAGCUCUUUUUAAUGUUGUAAAUCUGCAGAGAUAAAAUUGUCUAUGAGAAGCGUUAAUGUUGCAAUUCCUUUUAGUCUUUUUCAGUUUUUUUGUAUUGUUAAGAGAUUUACAUUUUGUUGUUUAAAGAGUCGUUUAUAAAAAAAGAUUUGUGUU